CUUGUUGUUCUUCUGUCACUCCAUGUUUACCUCUUGGUUCAAUCCUCCUCGCCACCAUCAAUACUCCUCGUCAUCGUCCUCUUCGUCGUCGUCACCUCGGCGGACAGUGGCAACCGUAAAGACGCAGCAUGUAGAGGUCAGUCCUUGCGACACUGGCACUCUCUAGACUGAGGUCUGGUCAAGAGCAGCCGCGCUGACUGCAGCUUGUCCAUCCUGCCACUCACAGAUCAUCGGUGGUAGCCAAUCACCCCUACCGCCCUUGCGACAGAGUCCUCGUUUGCCGGCGGAGCUCACCACUGAAAUCUUGGUGCUAGCAGCUGCCUUGCUCCAUGAGGCUCAUGGUCCUGCAUCUAGACGCGAUGUGCUGCGACUGGCGGGCGUAGACAAGAAUUCAUAUAGAGCCAUUAUGUCCCGUGUUGUCUUGCCAGCCCUAGACGUCUGCAAUGUACAGCGGAUCAAAGCCUUAUCAGGGGCGCUGGAGGGCAGUGUAGCUGGGUUGGCCGAUAUUUCCAGCUACCACACUAGACAGAUCUGCAUUACCAUCGAGGAUCCGGAUAGACGAACAGGUAAAGGCUCGACUCAUGGCUUCAGAGGAAGAAGCGGUCGUGCGUCUUUAUACGAUCACCUCUCACGGUUGCAAGACUUCGACAAAGAGGCAUGUGCGCCCAUUCGGUACAUACUUUCCAAGUGUGAGCGGCUCAUCUCGCUCCGCCUCGAGACGACGCCGGGAGUGCUGGUCACCAAGAGAAACGUCUUUGCCGCACCCAUGACAGACGAGCGGCUCACACCGGCUCUUGUAGACUCGCUGCAGCAAGUCAAGUGCAGUCUCGAAGAGCUCACAUGUCUCCUCAGCCCAUGGGGCGGAGCAGGGCUGGAAGACCUCUUCACCAAUCUGAUCAAGUCUCCCUCUCCCCCGCCGAACCAACCCUGGGGCAGGCUGACCCAUCUACAGAUCCAUGGCCCAGCGGGGUUUCGAAUCUCCCUUCCCACCUCAUCAGCAAUCGGAGCUCUCCCCUCCCUUACGCAUUUAGGGUUGGUCAUGCCAAACGUCGUGCGCGACGCAGGUAUGGGCGGGGAUGUCAAUUCUCCGCCAGCCGCACUGCAGCUCCUCGUCCUCCUUGCGGACAAGCUGCAGAGGCUCGUCGUUAUCGGACAUACCCUUGAGGGAUACCUGGGCUGGAGUGCUCUCUACAGAGCUUGGCUCAGGGCGCUCAGGCUGCCCCUCAAGGAAGACGAAAUGUCUGUCGAGGGCGAAAGGAUGGGCAGACCAACGCUGAGCGUUCAGCUGAUUACUGCUCAAGUCCGGACCGAGGCUGGUCACGCUCCAGAGCUCGUUGGCGGAGUACAGUCGCCUUCGAAUCAGCCACACCCCAACCAUUUCACCUCGUGGAUGAUCGCCAGAGGCAGGGAGGGCAGUCACUGGGACUGGUCACUCCCAUCACAGGAUGCUGUGAAGAGAAACAAGGCAGGUGGCGCUGAUCAAGCAUGGCAAGUGGAUUGGACCGUCGAGGAAUGGGACGUUCCCAUCGUUGAAGGCGUCGCCUUGAGCAGCACGCCGCCAUCGCGAGAUGCAGAUGACGAUGGCGCAAGGGGGCGAGGCGCGACGGGCGAAGAUGAGCUCAUGUUGACCGAAGAUAUGUCUCCUCCAGCCGAUGACGUGGUGUAUGGUAUAGACAAUCUCGAUUGAGCUAAUUGAUACAUAUACAACAAGAGAGUGUCUACGGAAUUCCUGCCAUGAAUAGUCCAGGUUUCUCCAUCUAGCCCUUCUUACGCCAGACGCCCUGUAUGA